AUGCCGAUUAUCUUGGGUGUUUUGCCUGUGCUGGUCUGUGGGACCGCUACACUCCCUAUUCCUGCAGACAGGUACCUCGUAGUAGACCAGCUGCAAGGUAUUCCGGAUGGGUGGAUGCGACAGUCUGGUCCUACUACAUCUACGCCAACGAGAUUCUGGUUGGCGAUGCGCAGGUCCAAUGUCUCUCAGUUCGAAGAGCAAGUGAUAGCCCGGUCGACUCCUGGCCAUCCUGACUAUGGCCGCCAUCUGACCAGAGAGGAGCUUCGGGCGUCUAUGCGCCCUUCCGACGAGGUUGCUGCCAAAGUCCGUGCAUGGCUAGAAUGGGAACAUGUGCCGGCCGAGUCAAUCGAAGAUCGGGGCGACUGGCUUGCGUUCACUAUCCCAUUAUCACAGGCCGAGUCGAUGAUGAAGACUCAAUUCAGCCACUUCUACCACCCAAGGACACAAACGACAACGGUUCGGACGCUUGCAUACUCUGUCCCAGAGAAUAUCCGUCCGUUUGUUCAGCUCAUCCAGCCUACAACACGGUUCGGAUCUCCUCAAGCUCUUGACAGUCCCGAAACCUUUGUGCCUGUUGCGCUCACUGCAGAAGACCUCGCUGGCAAUUGCUCGAGGACAGUUACUCCUGCUUGUCUGCGCCAGCUCUACGGGAUCAAUGAUACCGAGAUAACACCCGACCCACGCAAUCGGCUGGGUGUCUCCGGCUUCUUGGAGGAAUAUGCACGGUAUGACGAUCUGGAGCAAUUCCUUGCAGAAUAUGCCCCAAAUCAAGCCGAUGCCAAUUUCUCCGUGGUCUCCAUCAAUGGUGGGCGUAAUCUCCAGUACUCGCUCAGUCCGUCCAGUGAGGCGGCCCUUGACAUCCAAUACGCUCUAUCGCUGUCCUACCACGCGUCUGCUGUGUACUAUACUACUGCCGGGCGUGGGCCGAUGGUGCAAGAGUCCGGGAUGCUGACCAUAGCUGACUCAACAAAUGAGCCCUAUCUCGAGCAACUGCACUACCUGCUUGACCUACCAGAUAAAGAUCUCCCUGCGGUUCUUAGCACCUCCUAUGGGGAAGAAGAGCCGUUUGUACCCGCAGCAUAUGCAGAAGCUGUCUGCAACCUCUUCGCGCAGCUGGGGGCCAGAGGAGUAUCUCCCGUCUUUCCGGCGUCGUGUCCGUUUGUCACUUCGGUGGGCGGUACGGAAGGGACGAACCCCGAGUCUGCCAUAUCCUUCUCCGGAGGCGGCUUCUCGGAUAUCUUCGCUCGACCUUCCUAUCAGGAUGCGGAUGUCACGGGCUAUUUGCACAGCCUAGGGAACCUGUAUGAAGGACUUUACAAUCCACAGGGACGCGGCAUCCCUGAUGUCUCCACCCAGGCCAAUAACUUUGUGCUUCGGGAUCAUGGUGAGUGGAUGAAGACUGGGGGCACUAGUGCUGCGGCGCCUGUCUUUGCCGCCAUAAUCUCUCGACUGAAUGCAGCGCGUCUGGAGCAGGGCAAGUCCACACUGGGCUUCCUGAACCCAUGGCUAUACUCGCUCAAACAGAGAGGAUUCACGGAUAUUGUCGAUGGAGGAUCGGUUGGAUGUGACGAACCCACCGGAGCGCAAAUGGCCACCGACCUCCGCACCCUCAUCACCCAGCUCCACAGCAGCCUGAGCGCGCACAACCUCGAAAAAGCCAGCAGCAUCCUCACACAAGCGAAGCGCACGCUCCUCCAACAGAACGCCCUGAUCCCCACCCCGACCACACCGCGGGAGCUGCUCCCGCUGGCGCGCGAGAUCCUCGAGCUCGGCGCCCUCGCCGCGAUCCGCCAGACCGAUGCCCCCGGCUUCACGCGCUACUACCAACAACUGCAGCCGUUCUACGAUCUGGAGCGCGAUUCCCGGGAAAGCAACAGCAGCAGCAGCAGCAACAGCCAACGCAGCAAGAUCACAGGCCUGUACCUGCUGCUCCUGCUGAGCAUGGGCGACAGCACGAGCUUCCACACGGUGCUGGAGGGCUUGGUCGAGGAGGCCAGCCUGCAGGGCCGGAGCGUCGAGGAUGACCCCUUCAUCAAGUACCCCGUGGAGCUGGAGCGGAAUCUCAUGGAAGGGAGCUACGAUAAGGUGUGGCGGGAGACGAAUUCCGAGCGGGUGCCCGGCGAGGAUUUCGGGUUGUUUUCGAGUGUCCUCGUGGGUACGAUCCGCAGCGAAAUCGCCGAUUGCUCCGAGAAGGCGUACCCGUCGUUGCCGAUCUCCAACGCCAAGAACCUGCUCUUCAUGGACUCGGAAGGCGCGGUGAUCGAGUUCGCCCAGCAGCGGGGGUGGGUGCUGCGCGACGGCCGCAUCUAUUUCCCCGUCGAGCCCGAGGCGGCCGCCCGCUCGGAGAAGGAUAUCCUGGUCGCGAGUGGGACGAUCAUUGAGAAUGCGAUCGGGUAUGCGCGCGAGUUGGAGACGAUUGUUUAA